AUGCAGCUAAAGAUCGAAAGCAAAGGUAACGGCAUUAAGACUAAUAUCGUCAACCUUGGAGAUGUGGCGAAACAUUUAAGGACCAAUGAACAAUACAUCUUGAAAUGGUUCGGCUUUGAAAAAGCAUCCCAGACCACUUUCAAAGAGGCUGGAGGCAAGAAUAACACAAAUUACAUCAUUAAUGGAGAAUUCACCGAAGAAGAUUUAAGAAAAGUCUUGGACAAGUUCAUCGAAAAGCUCGUCCUCAUUCAGCCAGAACUCGAGACAUUACUCAACAUCGAAUAUCUUUUCCUGGAGGCUAAUAAGGAUAAAGACUAUACCAAAUUUUUACCAACGAUCUUAUAUAACGUCGUCAAAGAGGGUCUUCUAUCCGAGCAAUUCUUGGUUGAGUGGAAAAAUCAAUCCAUCAAAGAUAUCGAUACAAAUUUCUUGUAUAACGCCAACAGAGAUGCCCAAUUCAAGAAGCUUGUGGAGCCUUACCUGGAAAGCCUUGGCGAAGAGGAAGAGGAAGAAGAAGCAACCGAGGAACAACAGGCUGCUUGA